UUGGUUCUUUUAAGAUAUCACCUCUUGGAUUCCUUGGCCUUGGCCAUAGUCUAUCAGCUUAUGUGUUUGGCUUUUGUGCUUGCAGGUAUAAUGGGGAGAAGAAAGUGGCGCGAGCUGAAAACCCGCUACAAUGUGGCCGAGAUCGAGGUUCCCAAGCUCAGCGAAGAGGAGGUUGCUCCCCUUGAUACUCGCAGAAAAAGAAAGAGGGGAGAGAAGAAGGUCGGGGAGACCUCAGCCCCUCAUGAUUCUGAAGAGCUGACCUCGAAGGCCGCCGAUGCCGUCCCGGUCGGCCUGACAGGGAGUCCUCCGUGUGAAGGGUCGUCUAGAGUGGCCGUGGAGGAGGUCGCUCGUGAGACACAGGCGGGGCAUGUGCCGACUUCCACCGUGGCGCGGGUGGAGCCGAGCUUAGAGGCACCAGGGCCAAAUGCCUCAGCUGCUGCACAAGUGGCGCCCACUUCAACUCCCGCCGAGGCCCGCAGAGAGGGGCUGAGCUCUGGGGCACCGACGUCAACCCCUGCAACUGCUGUACUGCCUCCACCUCCGCCAGGGGCUCCAAAGGGGAAUUGCAUCAUACAGCGCUUCGAUGUUACUCGCCCCUUGGCGAGGCUAGACCAUCUGAGCAUGUCAUCAAACAUGGACUCGAUGUGGAGUUUGGGGAUGACUGUCGAGGCCUUCUACCCGUGAGGCUCACUCCGUCGGCUGACAAGGCGAUUAUCGAGAAGGUCGGGCUAGUGGAAGGCCUAGACUCUGCGGAGGUCUUCAUGCAGAGAUCGAUCACCAUCGUGGACCAUUGGAAGCGCAAGUGGUCGAAGCUGCAAGGGGAGCUCGAGAGUGCUAGAAGCCGAGUUCAGCCCCUAGAAGAGGAGAACCAGGCUUUGGGGGCUGCUCUAGGCGAGGCCGUGAAGAAGAACGAGGCUGAGCUUCAAGCUGCAAAGAGGGAUCUCGCAAGGACUCAGAAGUCUUUGGAGAUUGCUUUGAGGGCUAACGAGGUCUACGCUGCCCAAGU